AUGACACUCCUGAAGGAUAACCACCCAUGUGCCAAUUAUAACUACCUACUGAAUGUCCAGACUGGCAGUCGGAGAGGGGCGGGUACCUCUGCCAAUGUGACAGUCAAGUUGGUGGGUACACAGGGAGAGAGUGAGCCCCACCACCUAAGUGACCCUGAUAAACCAGUAUUUGAGAGAAGGGGUGUGGACUUGUUCCUGGUGACCACACCCUUUCCCCUGGGGGAGCUGACGGGCAUCCAGCUGUGCCAUGACAACUCUGGGGGGCACCCCUCCUGGUAUCUCAACAAGGUGACGAUCCAAGACCUGCAGAGACAGAAGGUUUGGCAUUUCCUAUCCUCAUCAUGGCUGAGCUCCGACAGGGGGGAGGGGCUGACCAAGAAGACCCUCAACGCUGCCAAGAAGAAUGAGAUCAGAAGCUUUAGAAAUAUUUUCCAGACCAGGACGUCGUCAGGCUUUAGAGAUCAGCACAUCUGGGUGUCCAUCGUAGACCCUCCCUGGCGUAGCCCAUUCACCCGAGCACAGAGGGUGUCCUGCUGCAUGAGCCUCCUGCUCUGCACCAUGGCCAUCAACAUCGCCUUCUGGAAAAUCCCCAAAAACCAGCAGUCUCCUGUCAUCUUCACCAUUGGAUCGCUGGAGGUCACUUGGGAGGAGAUCAUGGUGGGGGUGGAAAGCGGUUUGCUCAUGUUCCCCAUCAACAUCCUCAUCAUCACCAUAUUCCACAGUAUCAAGUCGCGAGUUGCCCAACCAAAGGAGAAGAACCACGAUAUGCAGGGCCUGAAACCCCUCACCGUUACCAUGCCAACCAUUCUUAAGGUCCUCUCUUUCCAUUUUCAAAAUAAAGUGUUGCUGCUGUGUUAUAGUUCUGCUCCAUACUUUGUCUAUAACCUUCAAACACUCCCAUCGUUUAUUCCUUUCAGCUGGGCCUUCCUUUUUUCUUAAC